CGCCCGCCCGCCCGCCCGCGCCGACCCCGGGGCGCGGCCAUGGAGGUGGUGGGCGACUUCGAGUACAGCAAGCGGGACCUCGUGGGACACGGGGCCUUCGCUGUGGUCUUCCGGGGGCGGCACCGCCAGAAAACUGAUUGGGAGGUAGCUAUUAAAAGUAUUAAUAAAAAGAACUUGUCAAAAUCGCAAAUACUGCUUGGGAAGGAAAUUAAAAUCUUAAAGGAACUUCAGCAUGAAAACAUUGUAGCGCUCUAUGAUGUUCAGGAAUUACCCAACUCUGUCUUUCUGGUGAUGGAGUAUUGCAAUGGUGGAGACCUGGCAGAUUAUUUGCAAGCUAAAGGCACUCUCAGUGAAGACACCAUCAGAGUCUUUCUGCAUCAGAUUGCAGCCGCCAUGCGGAUCCUGCACACCAAGGGGAUCAUCCACAGGGAUCUCAAGCCCCAGAACAUCCUGCUGUCCUAUGCCAACCGUAGGAAGGCCACUGUCAGUGGUAUUCGCAUCAAAAUAGCGGAUUUUGGUUUUGCUCGUUACCUACAUAGUAACAUGAUGGCUGCAACGCUGUGUGGGUCUCCAAUGUACAUGGCUCCUGAGGUUAUUAUGUCUCAACAUUAUGAUGCCAAGGCCGACCUGUGGAGCAUAGGGACAGUGAUAUAUCAGUGCCUUGUUGGAAAACCACCUUUUCAGGCUAAUAGUCCUCAAGACCUACGGAUGCUUUAUGAGAAAAACAGAAACCUAACGCCUAGCAUUCCCAGAGAAACAUCACCUUAUUUGGCUAAUCUCCUUUUGGGUUUGCUUCAGAGAAACCAAAAAGAUAGAAUGGACUUUGAAGCAUUUUUUAGCCAUCCUUUUCUUGAGCAAGUUCCAGUAAAAAAAUCCUGCCCGGUCCCGGUGCCCGUGUACGCCGGCUCCGCCUCUGAAGGUCCCUGUAGCAGCUCUCCAUCCUGUCGCUUCGCCUCUCCACCUUCCCUUCCAGAUGUGCAGCAUAUUCAGGAAGAAAGCUUACCCUCCCCACCGUUGGGUCCUCCCAGCUCCCUCCAGGUGUCCAAAGAUUCCGCCAGUACUAGUAGCAAGAACUCUUCUUGUGACACGGAUGACUUUGUUUUGGUUCCACACAACACCUCGUCAGACCACUCAUAUGAUAUGCUGAUGGGCACUGCUGGCAGACGUGCUUCUAAUGAGUUCUUGGUGUGUGGAGGGCAGUGUCAGCCCACUGUGUCCCCUCACAGCGCAGCCACCCCCAUUCCCGUCCCUACUCAGAUAAGGAACUACCAGCGCAUAGAGCAGAGCCUCACCUCCACUGCCCCCUCUGGCACAAAUCUGCAUGGCUCUCCAAGAUCUGCGGCGGUACGAAGGUCUAACACCAGCCCCAUGGGCUUCCCCCGGCUGGGAUCCUGCUCGCCGGUGCCGGCAGACGCAGUACAGGCGGUCGGACGAAGACUCUCCACGGGGUCUUCCAGGCCUUACUCACCUUCCCCUUCGGUUGGCACCAUUCCUGAGCAGUUUAGUCAGUGCUGCUGUGGGCAUCCUCAGGGCCAGGAAUCCAGGAGCAGGAACUGGUCAGGCUCUCCCGUGCCGCAGCCUCCGUCGCCCCAGCCACUCUUGUUGGGUGCUAGACUGCAGAGCGCCUCCACCCUCACUGACAUCUACCAGAGCAAGCAGAAGCUCAGAAAGCAGCACUCGGACCCCGUGUGCCCGUCCCACGCCGGGGCUGGGUGCAGCUGCUCCCCCCAGCCCAGUCGGCCCGGCAGCCUUGGGACCUCUCCCACCAAGCACGCGGGGUCCUCCCCGCGGAGUUCCGACUGGUUCUUCAAAACUCCAUUACCAACAAUCAUUGGCUCCCCUACUAAGACCACGGCUCCUUUCAAAAUCCCGAAAACGCAAGCGUCUUCCAACCUGCCAGCCUUGGCCACUCGCCGCGGGCCUUCUGAGGGGCAGUUGAAGGAUGGGAGUGACCCACGGGGAUGCUCUCACUGUCUCUCAGUACAAGGAGGGGAGAGGCACAAGUCCGAGCAGCAGGUCAGAGCAGCGUUUGGCAGAUCUGUCAGUACUGGGAAAUUAUCAGAUCAACCAGUAAAAACACCUUUAGGUGGACAUCAGGGCAGCACGGACAGUUUAAAUACAGAACGACCAAUGGAUAUAGCCCCUGCAGGAGCCUGUGGUGUUGCACGGGCUCCUUCUGUGGGAACAGCAGCGAGUCCCAGGGCUGUGCUGUUCACGGUAGGGUCUCCUCCACACAGGGCUGCGACCCCCGCUUGUACCCACAUAGUCCUUCGGACAAGAACCACCUCAGGGGGCUCCAGCGGCUCCGGAGGCUCCCUGGGCUCCACCGGGGGCCGUGUGUCUGGGGGCUCCCUGCCUGGGCUGUGCUCGGGGUCUCCCCCUCUGGGAGCAGAGGCAGCUCCCAGCCUGAGACACGCGCCUUGUGGUGCUUCACCCCCCAGCCUGGAGGGGCUCGUCGCCUUUGAAGCCCCUGAACUGCCCGAGGAGACGCUGAUGGAGCGAGAGCACACAGACACCUUCCGCCACCUGAACGCAAUGCUGUUGUUCACGGAGUGUGUGCUGGACCUGACGGCCGUGCGCGGGGGAGACACAGGGCUCUGCGCGUCCGCGGUCUCCUUGUACCAGAUCCAGGAGAGCGCGGUGGUGGACCAGAUCAGCCAGCUGAGCAAAGACUGGGGGCGGGUGGAACAGCUGGUGUUAUACAUGAAGGCCGCACAGCUGCUGGCAGCCUCUCUGCAUCUCGCCAAAGAGCAGAUCAAGUCCGGGAAGCUGAGCCCGUCCACGGGUGUGAAACAAGUUGUCAAAAAUCUGAAUGAACGAUAUAAAUUCUGCAUCAGCAUGUGCAAGAAACUUACAGAAAAGCUGAAUCGCUUCUUCUCUGACAAACAGAGAUUUAUUGAUGAAAUCAACAGCGUAACAGCAGAGAAACUCAUCUAUAAUUGUGCUGUAGAAAUGGUAACCCUUUUUAAGGUUCAGGCUGCAGCCCUGGAUGAGAUGUUCCAGCAGACUGAAGAUAUUGUUUAUCGCUAUCAUAAGGCAGCCCUUCUUUUGGAAGGCUUAACUAAGAUUCUCCAGGACCCGGCAGAUAUUGAAAAUGUACACAAAUAUAAAUCUCGUAUUGAAAGGAGAUUGUCGGCACUCUGCUACAGCACCUCAACCUUGUGAGCAACAGCAGGCCUGCCCCCAGGACUAGUGGUGGGUGUGAGGCGAUGCCUUUGGGAGCACAGCUUGGAUCCUGUCGCCCCACCCCCAGGAAACUGUAGGUUCCUACACGGUGACCACCAAAGAGCAAGCAGUGAUUUCAAAAAGGAAAAACAACCCCAGAACUACCUGCCUUAUCAGAGAAGUCACCCCUUCCCUUUUUCUUUGUAGAAGCAGAAACAAGAGUAUUCCACUUGGCUUUCAGUUUGAACUUGGAUGAAACAGGUUCACAGUGAGGAAGUGCUUGGUCUGCAGUCAGUACCUAGGGGAGUGGCCGGGCUGUGCUUUGUGACCUCCAAGUGCAUUCUUCUGCUUCUUGUACGACAAAGGUCAGGUGAUAGGAGGUAUGUGUGAGACCGUGAAGUCUGAACAGCAGAGAAGAACAAACUGUAAACUCGUGAUUAAUGGUUCUGAUUAUAUUUCCAUUAUCAAGGCCAAUUGUUUUAAGAGAUUUUGCCUUGAUUAUAGCAAUAAUAAACAAAUGCUUUAUGUUUCCACGUG